AUGUCCGCUCCGAAUGACGGACCUGAUGGAUACAAGCUGUUCGUUGGAAGCCUACCCUCAGAUUGCACAUCAGAGGAGCUACAUUCAGUGUUUUCAACUUACGGCAUAGUAAGCCAUGUCCACAUGAUGAAUCCGCACCCAAGAUCUGGCCAGAGGUGUGCCUUCCUCUCUUAUUCCACUAAAUCUGCUGGCGACGAUGCAUGCAAAGUGCUGGACAACCAGUACAAGAUUAGAAGAGAUGCGCCACAUCCAAUUGUAGUUCGAUGGGCCAAGGAUUCUGGCUACGAACCGAAUGGUGCAAAAGCCGCAGGUGAUUGGGAUAGCAGUCAGCCGAAGAAGACGGAGGCAUCUCCAGAUGGUCACAAACUUUUUGUCGGUGGCCUUCCUCACGAUGUUUCGGAGGAAGAGCUGAGAAUAGUGUUUGACACAUAUGGAGUGGUCCAGCAUUGCCACCUCAUGGGCAUUCAUCCGAAGUCCGGGCAGAGGUGUGCUUUCGUGUACUACAAGACGCAGGAGUCUGCGCAGGACGCCAUCAAGGUUUUAGACAAGAUCUACAAGAUCAGAGAAAAUGCCCCCCACCCCAUUCAGGUCCGAUGGGCGAACAAAGACAGCCUGAAGUCCGCUCUCGGGGACAUCAAGGGAGUCGGGAAGGGCGAUUGGCCUACAAGCCAACGACCAGACUGGGCAAAUAGCAAGGGUGAUGAUUACUGGACCAAAGGCAGAGGUGACUACUACGGGAAAGGCGCAUGGAUUGGCAAGGGCAAGGAGGGCAAGGAGAAGGGGAAGUCCUGGACCAGCUGGGAGGACACAUCUUGGAGCUCUUGGCCUCAGGGCAAGGAGAAGGGGUGGUACGACUGGGGCAAAGGUUGGGACAAAGGAGGUGGUUGGGGUGGAAGUUGGGAUCGCAGCAAAGGCAGCUGGCAAGGUGAUGCCUGGCUAGAUGAUGGCUGGAGUCAUCACAACGGCCAUGGCAAGGGGAGAGAUGGAGCCUGGAAAGGCACCCGGCAAGAGCCCAGAUUAGAUCCCACAGGCACCAAGCUGUACGUGGCCAACCUCCCGGAAGACAUCCAGGAGAGCGCGAUCGAGUAUGUCUUUGGCACUUAUGGUACGGUCGAGAAAGUGCAUCUCAUGACCGGCAAGGUGAAGCAAGGAAGUAUAUCGGCCUUUGUGGAGUACGGCGACUCUGAGGAGGCAAGCACCGCAAUUAUGUCCUUGGACAACAAGUACGAAAUUAGAAAAGGGUACGGGCCUCUUCAGGUCCGGCUAGCCAAUGCUCCUGCCUCAUCUGGCAAGGGCAAGUCUUAUCGCGCGUUCAGCCUCACUGCCAUGAGGUGGCGAGGGCCGCCGCAAUUCUAUGUCAAAACGAUCCCGGAGUUGCAGCAGGUCAAGAGGCAAGGCAAGAAGACCGCAUGGCCGAUUACCGUGUCCUCGUGCGUAGUGUUGCAGCUCUCGCAUCCAGUGGCAUCCUCUGCGAUUCUUGCAGCUCUUCGUUGGGCUGUGGCGGAAGUCGCCGGCGUUGCGGAGGAACAAGUCUUUCUUUCUGUCGAGGGCAUGUUUGCUGAUUGUGGACGUCAACUUCAGCAAGAACUCGUCAACAGGUCUGUGGUUGUCACCGGUUACGAGAUCCGCAUACCGAAAUCUGCAGCGCUGGACGACAGCUCCGAAAAGAUGGCGGAAAAGGUGCGAGCUGCUCUCAGCAGCGCGACGAAGACAGACAUGGCGACGAAGCUCAAAGAGGCCUUUCUGUCACAGCCGGAACUGGCAGAAGUGGCCGUCGUGGUGUCGGUAAUGGGCGAGCCGAUACUGGAGCUUCUGCAGACAACUCUCGUGGGAGAAUUGUCCAGCAGCGCAGAAUCGAAGUAUCCCAGUCUCGUGCCAGAGGCCGUAACGAUUGGCAGCGCAAGUGCUUCGAUUCUGGCAAGCGUUGCUCUUAUUCUUUGGUGGCGACGGAGCAGCAAAUCCACGAAGACCCCACCGUGCCGUCGGCAUGGCGGACAAAGUUCAGUGGCUUUCGUGGGCGUUUCGCCAGCAGACACCAAUGACAUCUGGACACAGUCGAAAGCCACUGCGCAAAAUGCUGCGAGCACCUUCAAUGAGCAGUUGCCAGAAACUGCGCAGCUGCACCUGUGUUCCGGCAAGGGAUCGCAGUCGGAGGUGCAACCAGAGAGUUGCAAACAGGUGCACUCCCCUCGCUCAGCCCGGCGCAAAGUGUGGCGAGCAGUUCCCAUCCUGCGUGGGGAACAUGGUGACGAAGAGGCUCCCAGGAAGAGCCGCCAAGCCAAGCGCAAGGCACGCCGCCAGGCGCCGGCGCUCUCCCCGCCGCUCUCGCCGUUGAGUGUAGUGGUGGACACGGUCCAGGUGCUUCCUCCGGCGUAG